AUGGCUCUAAUUGCAAAUGAUACUAAAAGCUUCACCCAUUUUGCAGAUAUAAACACAAAUGAAUAUUCCUACAAAUUCCUUGAUAAUAGUAAUUAGAAAAAAUAUACACCUAGAUAUUCUGUAUUAAGGGCAAUUGUUGGAUGAUCAAGCUUUUCACGGUUAUGGCAAGGCAAUCUUUCCUAAUGGUAUCCUUUUCAUAAUUGAACAUAGGGGACAUAUAUGAAGGAAACUGGAACAAUAACUAAUUGGAUGGUUAUGGAAAGUACACAACAAUAGAUGAACAAAUUUAUGAAGGUUAUUGGGAAAAAAAUUAGCUGUUGAUAUCAGAAAUGGUGAUUGACUUACCAAAAUUUGAGACUUAGAUGUUGAAAAAAAUGAUUGAACAGGAGAUCUAUAGCAAAUACAAGGAAACAGAUAUUAUAAUUUUCGAUGAUGGUAUAAUUUAAACACUAUAUAGGUUCUUCGUAUAGAGGAUAAUUAACAGAUAACAUGUAGGAUGGGUGGGGAGUUUAAAUUUAUUUGAGUGGUAUGAAUAUUCUAAGAAAAAACUAGGUUAAAUGUAUGAAGGUCAAUGGAAGAACGGAAAGUAUGAUGGGUAUGGUAUCAAAUAUUUUGUCAACGGGGAUGUAUAUAUUGGACAUUGGAAGAACGACGAGGCAACGGGUUAUGGGGAGUACAAAUAUGUCGAGGGAGCAUUUUAUCGGGGAUAUUGGCUACACAGCUUUAAACAUUAUUUUGGGAUGGAGUAAUGGAAUGAGACAGCUAAAUACAUUGGGGAAUUCUAAAAAGGAUUUAAACAUGGUAAAGGAAUAUUGACAUUUAAUGAUAAUUCAACUUAUGACGGAGAAUUUAUCAAUGACGAAAUCUAAGGUUAUGGGGAAUAUCGUUGGGUUGAUGGUCGAACUUAUGUAGGAGGAUGGUUUAAAAAUAAAAUGUAAGGCAACGGAAAAACUACUUGGCCUGAUGGAAGAAUUUAUGAAGGGUCAUAUGAUUAAGACUUGAAAUAAGGGUUUGGUUUGUUUUGUUGGCAAGAUGGUAAGAAAUAUAUAGGAAAUUGGAUGUAAGGGAAAUAACAUGGAAUAGGAAUCAUGUAUGCAUAAAAUGGUGAUUAUAAAUUUGGAGAAUGGUUUGAAGGAAAGAGGAAGAGAUGGUUGGAUUAAGUUUAGGAUUCCGACAUAAUUGAGGCAUUUAAAGCUGAUCAUCAAUUGUAAUUUCUCACUUCUAUUUUAGUGAAAUUAUUAAGUAGAUUGCCACUGAUAAAACUGAUGAAUCUCCGUUGAAAGUGUCAGACAGUAUUUGGUCUAUGCCAAGAAUCAGUGAUAAACAACUCAUUAGUAGAUUUAGUUUAACUUUGGCUUAAAAAGAUGGUUAAUUUUAUAUUGGAGAAACAAUUAGAGAAGAAAGAUCUGGAAAAGGAAAACUGUUUUCAUCAGAUGGUUCAUUAUAUGAUGGCUAUUGGUCAAAUGAUAAGAGACAUGGAUAUGGCAAGUAAGUCUAUUCAAAUGGUGACACUUAUGAAGGCCAUUGGAUAUGUGACAAGUAAAGCGGAAUUGGGAAGAUGAUUUAUUCGGAUGGCAGUAUAUUGGAGGGAUUUUGGAAUGGUUAGAUUUUAGAUGGAUAUGGAAAGUAAACAUGGCCAGAUGGUUAAUAUUAUGAGGGUUAUUUUAAAAAUUGUUUAAGACAAGGAGAAGGAAAGCUGUUAUUCAAAGAUGGUUCAUAUUAUGAAGGGUAAUUUGAAUCGAAUGAAAUUAUUGGUAAAGGGACUUUUACUUGGAGUGACGGUUCAUAAUAUAAAGGAUUUAUGAAAAAUGGUUUAAAACAUGGCUAAGGCACAUACAUUAAUUGCGAUGGGGAUUUUCAUAUUGGAUAGUAAACAUAAAUAAUACUAAAUAUUUAGAUUCUACAAAGACACUUGUCAUGGGGAUGGAACUUAUGAGUAUAAUGAUGGUAAAAUCUACAUUGGAUCCUGGUUCCAUGGAGUAAAGCAUGGAAAAGGAACUCUUAAACUUCCAAAUGGAUAAAAGUAGGAAUUAGUAUAUAUUUUUGGAGAAUUAAAAAAUUGA